GUGUGCAUGCAGUGAAAUGGCGGAAGCCACGUUUUCUCAGGAUAAAUUCAGCUGUCCAGUGUGUCUGGAUUUGCUAAAGGAUCCAGUGACUAUUCCCUGUGGACACAGUUACUGUAAGUGCUGCAUUACAAACUGCUGGGAUCAAGAGGAUGGGAAGAGAGUCUACAGCUGCCCUCAGUGCCGACAGACCUUCAGUCCAAGACCUGCUUUAAAUAAAAGCACCAUGCUGGCUGAAGUGGUGGAGCAACUGAAGAAGACUGAACUGCAAACUGCUGUUCCUGCAGGACCUGGAGAUGUGGAGUGCGACAUCUGUACUGGAAGAAAACACAAAGCCAUCAAGUCCUGUCUGGUGUGUCUGAACUCUUUCUGUCAAAAUCAUUUUGAUCAACAUGAGAAUCUCUUCAAAGGAAAGAGACACCAUCUAAUGGAUGCCACUGGACAACUUCAGGAGAUGAUCUGCUGUAAACAUGAGAAACUACUGGAAAUUUACUGCCGUACUGACCAGAGUUGUAUAUGUGUGCUCUGUAUGGUGGAUGAACACAAAAAUCAUGAGAUUGGAUCAACUGCAGCAGAGAGAACAGAGAAGCAGAGACAAUUAGAUGAGACACGGAGAGAAUUCCAGCAGCAAAUCCAGGAGCGAGAGAAGAAACUUCAGGAGCUGAAAGAGGCUGUGGAGACUCACAAGUGCUCUGCACAGACAGCAGUGGAGAGCAGUGAGAUGAUCUUUACUGAACUCAUCAGCUCCAUUGAGAGAAGACGCUCUGAGGUCACACAGAUGAUCAGAGCUCGAGAGAAGACUGCAGUGAGACGAGCUGAGGGACUCAUGGAGCGACUGGAGCAGGAGAUUGAUGAUCUGAGGAAGAGAAACACUGAGCUGGAGCAGCUUUCAGACACACGUGAUCACAUCCAUUUCCUUCAGAGUUUUCCAUCUCUCUCUGACCCUCCUGGAUCUCCAGAUGUUCCCAGCAUAACUUUCGGUUCCUAUGAUGAUGUAGAACAAUCAGUCUCUCAGCUGAGACAAAAACUGGAGGAUUUUUGCAGACAGGAGUUUGAAAAGAUAUCUGGUAAAGGUAAAACUUUAAAGACUUUCAAUACUUCACUCAUACUGCGUCGCUAG